GUGCACCAUUUUGACCGUUUCCCGUUUUUCCCCCUCUGCUAAAUUUAGCUGCAACUUUUUCCUCCCUGAAUUUAUUUUUGCAGAAUCUAAUUUUAAUUUUCAUGGUGUUUCCUCCUCAAUAAUUUUCAGUGAUCAUUAAUAUCUGCUAACUUUCAAUCACCAGUUUCGUUUCUGCUUAAUCAGGAAGAAUUCUCAACAACCCAGUUAAGAAUUGGGGAAAUUUCGUCCAGUCGACGGAUUUGGUUGGAACCUACAGACAUGUCCACAUGUUACCUAGUAUGGUUAACAAUUGAAAGCUGACAUAUUUGUCUUCAAAAAGUUUAGCCAGUACAGAUGGUGUAAUGAAUAUGUGUGAAUUGUUUUAGGUACCUUUGGCACUUCUAAUUGCUGGUUACAAAUGGAGGAUGUAGAAGACAAGUCACCUUCAGAAUCCUCUUCAAGAAGUGCUGAAAGGAAGCCACUGGCAGAAACUGCUGAAGAAAAUACUGAACUGAUAAACCAACCCAAUAAUCAGUCUUCCAUUGAAGCUCCCAUCAACCAACUUGUUAAUAAUAGUAGAGUGGAGUCAGGCUCUCAUUUGCCACUGACUGAGUUUUCUGAAUCAGCAGUGUCCUUAAGUGCUUCUGAUGGUCAAACUGUAGGACAAGAUGAAUAUCUUACCACAGAAAAUUCAGCUUCAAUCCCAAACGUUGCAGUUCUUCUAACAGAAGAAAACAACCAGGGAGCCAUGUCUGCAGAUUCUAAACCUGGAGCUUUAGAAGAAGAAAUCUUUAACAGACAGCAAGAAGAUAGCUGUGACGUUGAUAAUUCAAUGAAACACUCAACUUCCUCUUCUGAAACAAAAGAGUUGGAAACUGAUGAUCCCCAAGAACUAAUAGUAGACCCACCACUACCCAAGGCUACUGAUGUUCCAAUAGAUAAUUUAGAUUCAACCCCAAAUUUUACAGUUCAUGUUACAGAACAAAGCAACCAGGGAGCCGAGUCUGCAGAUUCUGAACCUGGAGCUUUAGAAGAUAUCUCAAUCAGGCAGCAGGAUGGUGGUUCUACUGUUACUGGUGGCAGUGAUGUUGAUGAUCAGAUGAAACUCUUGCCUUCCUCUUCUGAAACAAAACAGUUGCCAAAUGACCACAAAGAAGUAAAAACAGAUCAGCCUCAAGCCAAGAUUACAAAUGUUGCUGUGGGAGAUGUCGACUCACUAAUAAAUGCCAAGCAGAUUGCUGCAAGAGGCCUUAUUGAUACAGCAGCUCCUUUUGAAUCUGUCAAGGAAGCUGUUUCCAAGUUUGGAGGAAUUGUGGACUGGAAGGCUCAUAGAAUCCAGACCGUGGAGAGACGAAAGCUUGUAGAACAAGAACUUGAAAAGGCACAGCAAGAGAUCCCAGAGUACAAAAAAAGGUCAGUGGCUGCUGAACAAGCCAAAGUCCAAGUACUACAGGAGCUGGACAGCACUAAGAGGCUUAUAGAAGAACUAAAACUUAAUCUAGAGAGGGCACAGACAGAAGAGCGUCAGGCAAGACAAGACUCAGAACUUGCAAAGCUCAGAGUGGAAGAGAUGGAGCAGGGUAUUGCAGAUGAUUCUAGCGUUGCAGCCAAGGCACAACUUGAGGUUGCCAAAGCCAGGUAUACAGCUGCUAUUACAGAGUUAGCUUCUGUGAAGGAGGAAUUGGAAGCAUUGCGUAAGGAGUAUGCAUCCUUAGUUGUUGAAAAAGAUGAAGCUGUUAUGAAAGCUGACAAAUCUGUUGCUUCAUCAAAGCAAGUAGAGAAGACAGUGGAAGACUUGACUAUUGAGCUAAUUGCUACCAAGGAGUCUUUGGAAUCUGCACAUGCUGCUCACUUGGAGGCAGAGGAACACAGGAUAGGAACAGUCAUGGCAAGAGAUCAAGAUUCUCUCAAUUGGGAGAAGGAACUUAAACAGGCAGAAGAAGAACUCCAUAGACUCAACCAGAAAAUUUUGUCUGCUAAGGAUCUCAAAUCAAAACUGAACACAGCCUCUUCUUUGCUGCUUGAUUUGAAAGCUGAAUUAAACGCUUAUAUGGAAUCGAAGUCUGACCAUGAAGGUGAUAAAGGAGGUAUAGAAGAACCAAAGAAAAAGACACACAAUCAAAUACAAGAAGCAGUUGAAUCAGCCAAAACGGAACUUGAGGAAGUAAAGCUCAACAUAGAGAAAGCAACUACUGAGGUAAAUUACUUAAAGGUGGCUGCAACAUCAUUAAAAUCAGAACUUGAACAAGAGAAAUCAUCUCUUGCCUCCAUCAGGCAAAGAGAGGGAAUGGCCUCCGUUACAGUUGCAUCUCUUGAAGCUGAACUAGACAACACUAGAUCAGAAACAGUUUUGGUUCAGAUGAAGGAAAAAGAAGGCAGAGAGAGAAUUGUUGAGCUACCAAAGAAACUACAGCAAGCAGCUGAAGAGGCUAAUCAGGCCAACUUGCUUGCUCAAGCAGCACGUGAAGAGCUGCGGAGAAUAAAGGAGGAGGUGGAGCAAGCCAAGGCUGGGGCCAGUACAAUGCAAAGUAGAUUACUUGCAACUCAGAAGGAAAUAGAGGCUGCUAGGGCGUCUGAAAGGUUGGCAAUAGCAGCAAUUAAUGCAUUGCAAGAGAGUGAAUUAGCUAGGAACAACAAUGAAGUGGAUUCAUCCUCUGGAGUGACACUUACAGUGGAAGAGUACUAUAAUCUCAGUAAGCAAGCCCACGAUGCAGAAGAGCAAGCCAAUAUGAGGGUUGCAGCUGCUAAUUCUGAAAUUGAUAUGGCUAAGGAUUCUGAAUUGAAAACCUUGAAGAAGUUGAAUGAUGUGAAUAGAGAGAUGGCUUCUAGAAGGGAAUCUCUGAAGAUUGCAAUGGAUAAAGCUGAAAAGGCAAGGGAAGGAAAAUUAGGUGUAGAACAUGAAUUAAGAAAAUGGAGGGCUGUGCAUGAGCAACAACGAAAGGCUGGCGAAUUAGGCCAAGGAGUGAUAAAGCAGAAUAGAAGUCCCGGGGUUAGUUUUGAACGGCAUAAGGAAGCAGAUAACGUCAACCAAGCUCGUAGUGCAUCUAUUCCUGUACAUUACUUUUCCAGUCCAAAGGCUUAUGUCCAUACAAACAGCAACAAUGUAUCAUCCCCAGAUACAAAAAACGGAAAGAAGAAAAAGAAGUCAUUUUUCCCUCGGAUUCUUAUGUUCUUUGCAAGAAAAAAAACACAUACAACUCAUGCAGGGUAAUCUCUAUUGAAAAUAUUUGCAUUGUUAUGUUGCAGUUAUCUGAGCAUCUCAUCCUUUUGGAGAUUAUUCAAAAUAAUACCAUAUUUGUACAUCUGAGUGAUUUCCGUAUGUGUGGUUGAUUGAAUUAUACUCCAUCUCACUGAGAAGAUUGUGAAUGGUCUUCUACUCCGCACUUUAUGAGGACAAAAAAAUAAGUUGAUCAUCCUUGGUGAGAAAAGAAUAAAAAAUAGACGAUUCUGUAUUGUGCAUAGGCUUCUGAUAAUAUAUUGAACCUCGACUUUUGUAUAGAUAUGUGUCAGAUUUGAACAAUCAAAUUUUGAGUUUGAGAUUUGUAGUAUUAUGAAUGGCAUAGUGUUUGCAUAUUGGAUAAACGUCAUUUAGUUGAGUCAGUAUAAAUAAGAAGUUUCUAAAUGGUUCCCAAUAUAUGGAAAAUUCCAUACAAAGGCUAAAGUCACGGAUCUUUAAAAUAAAAUUUGCAGAGUAAAUGUUGAAUCUUGAACCCUUGGUGGGUGUAGUUCCAUUUGUUUCUAGCAGUUUCACAGGUAUGGAUCAUUAGAUCUUGCUGUAAUCAGCAGUCAAUUCAAGACUUUUGAUUACCAAGAGUGCAUUAUUCAAAAGAAUGUGUUGUAACAUUGCUCUUUUAAUAAAAAAUAAUAAA